UUUCCCUUCAUUGUUUCCCGACGUUGUUAAGAGUACAUUUCUCCCGCUGGCUUGCAGAGACUUUUAAUAACCAACAGACAAACACAGUUUAAUUGCGCAUUGGUUUCGUGCAGUUUAUCGGGUUUAAGUCGAGAAACUUAAUUGGUGUUUUGUACGUUGACAUUCAAUUGUAACAAGUGGAUACGAGAGGAGAGCGAACCAAGGUGUGAUGAGAGCUCUGGUCAUGGAGAGAUGAUGGACGUGGAGACGUCGUACUCGGACUUCAUCAGCUGUGAUCGCACCGGCCGCAGGAACGCAGUACCUGACAUCGCCGGGGAGGAGGCGGGAGUGAGCGCCACUGAACUAACCAAAGACAUGGCAGAGAUGGACCUGAAGGCUGGCCAAGAGGGGCAGCCUGGGCCCUCCCCGCCCCCCGAGGGAGAGAGCUCUGCCAGCCAAGACGCCCAGGGGAACCGGGACCCGUCCUAAACCCUCAGCACGGAGGAGGGGGAGAUGGAGCAGGGAGAGAGAGAGAGGGAGAGGAUCUUUGUGUUGUCUUAUCCGGACGCCUUCUCCUCUCCCAGCCCAUUCUGAGCCAGCAGCAAGGCCCUCUCCCCUCACUGUGGCCCAGCCAGCGCCCUGCUGACAGCCCACAUGCAUGCCUCUCUUUAACCAGAUACACGGGGGACUAAAGAUGACGGAACUCUAGCGGAACUGAUUGCGGAAGAGGUGCCGUUACUGCUGCGGUGCGGUUAUGGAUGGAAGGAUAGUUUUACCCAAUACUCUGAGAAAGCGCAGAUCUCCAGAUUCAUGUCACUGGAGAUGAACUGAUUGAAUACAACACAUUUAGACCAUGUUGUGGCAUCCCGUCCCAUAUCUAAUAUAGACCGCCAUAACGAGGAGCUGUACUGAAUGCAUAAUCCUUUUUGUUUGUCCUUUCUUUUGAGCAUGGUGACCUGCUCAUCAUUUAUCGUUUCCUAUUGACCUUUUCCUUUACAGUAACAUGUAGUUAGCAGGUAUAAUGUACUGUAGGAAGAUCAUAUUUAUUUCAAGUGUAAAACCUUUGUAUAAGGAACUUCUUUGUGUAAUAAAACACAUAUGAAUCUAUUGCAA